CGGCCGGUUCAGCCCAGCGCGCAGCCUGUGGGAGGGGAGGAGAGCUCAGCUACUCCUGCCGAGAGGGGAAACAUGGGUAACGCUCAGAAAAAGCCCCACGGCAGAGGGGACGGGGGUCCUCACAGCGAAUCACACAACUCCCACCACUGGAGGGGCAAAGGGGGCAGCGCCGACAAGUACAAAGUCGGCCCGGAGUCCAAGGAGAAGGUGGCCAACGGAUCCAGCAAGAGGGGCUCGACAGCGUCAACACAGGGCGAUCCGAGCGCCGGCGGGAAGGGAACUCCUCCAGCAGGAACUGUCAACCUCGAUGCCCCCUGCGGAGCCCUGCCUCCACAUCUGUCCCGCCUCAAGAACGAGGGGAACCUGCUCUUUAAAAAUGGACAGUUUGCAGACGCUUUGGAGAAAUACUCACAAGCCAUUCAGGGCUACACAGACUCAGGGCUGGAUAGUCCAGACGACCUAUGUGUUCUGUAUUCUAACAGAGCAGCUUGUUACCUGAAAGAUGGAAACAGUCAAGACUGCAUACAGGACUGCACAAGAGCCCUGGAGCUGCAGCCGUUCUCCCUCAAGCCCCUCCUGCGCCGGGCCAUGGCUUAUGAGUCUCUGGAGCGCUACCGGAAGGCCUACGUGGAUUACAAGACCGUCCUGCAGAUCGACAUCAGCGUGCAGGCGGCGCACGACAGCGUCAACAGGAUCACGCGGCUGCUGAUCGAGCAGGACGGCGCAGAGUGGAGAGAGAAGCUCCCUGAGAUCCCCCUGGUGCCUCUGUCGGCUCAGCAGCACCGCAGGGAAGAGCCGCCCAGCGCCGAGGUCCUGCAGGCCCGGGCCGAGAAGGCCGCCAGAGACGCAGAGAGGAGAACAGAAGUCCGCUUUGCAGCUUCGAAGCAAGAAGGGAACGACUUUGUGAAGAAGGGCCAGUACCCGGAGGCUCUGGGGAAGUACACGGAAUGCCUUAAGCUGAAGCCGGAGGAGUGUGCCAUCUACACCAACAGAGCUCUGUGCUACUUGAAGCUGGAGAGGUUCGCCGAGGCCAAGCAGGACUGCGACGCAGCGCUGAAACUGGAGCCGGCCAACAAGAAGGCCUUCUACAGACGAGCGCUGGCCAAUAAGGGCCUGAAGGACUACCUGGCCUGCAGCGCCGACCUGCAGGAGGUGCUGCAGCAGGAUCCCAACGUGCAGGAGGCCGAGAAGGAGCUGGAGGAGGUGACGGUGCUGCUCCGGCAGAGUCUGGCCAACAACUCGCCCAGCAAACCCCGGAAGACGGUUCCCAUCACAGAGGUGGAGAAUGACGCAGACGCGGUCGUCUCCAACUCGGAGGACAGAGGACAGGACGUCACCAUCAACCUCCACCCGACCAACGCGUAUGACUUCGGCCAGUCCCUGAACGCCGCCCGCAGCAGCGGCAACACGGCGGCCUGCGCCGAGCUGCUGGCCUCCACGGCGCCGGAGACGCUGCCGCAGCUGCUGAGCACGCAGCUGGACGGGCGGACCGUGGGCUUCAUCAUGCAGGCGCUGGACUCUCACCUGCUGGACAAAGACCCCGACUUAGUUUACCAACACCUCCGCCACCUGCACACCGCCGACAGGUUCUCGGUCGUACUGAUGCUGCUGGAGAAGGACGAGCACCGACACAUGACCCAGCUCUUCGAGCGCCUCUCGGCCGCCGAGAGCACCGAGUUCUCGAAGAACGACGUUCAGAACCUGGCCAAUAAAUACAUCUGAAGCGUCCUCUCCCCUCCCGCUCCCUGCUGCAUGAACUCUCCGCCUCUCCUACCGACUUGGAUCUAUGCAAAGACACUGCACAACGACUGAGCACACCAAAAAGGCAGGACGCUGCAGACGGCGGCCCACCCGAGUCAGAUCCGCUCUGCCGGCCCGCCGCCAAACCAUCACAAGAAAUCUUUUUUUUCUCUCUCUCUCUCCUCUCUGGAACAUUUUGCUAUGCAGACCUACUUUUAUAUCACCGACUUUGCAUUGGCGUCGUGCAGAAGACACACGGUGGACCUUUCACUUUAGAGCACGACCGAUAAACGCGGGUCCAACGUGCGGCGUUGUGCAAGACUGCAGGCAGGUGGCCAGACUUCCUGUCGAUUGAUGAAAGAGCAGCUCUGACAUUAGAAAUGUGACUAAGCGCACGUUUCGAUGUAAGACGGGGCUCAUAUGACGAAAGUGUCAUCUUUGCGGAGGAAUGCACGAUAACAUCAACCCAUACCAGAAACCAACUCGCAUGCUCUCAUGCGUCUCAUCUAUGCAAUCAGCAGCUCUGCUCGUCGUCGUCCUCACGGCCGCAGCUGGAGAGAAGCAGCAUCCGUCUGAGAUGUGUGCCUUGGGUUUCAGCGUGGGGGCCAGUGAGCGUUCGCCUGUAUUUAUGUCAGUCCGUAGAUUUAAUGGAAUUGUUGCUUGGAUUUAUGCAUCAUAAAUCACUUUCACCUAGCUACAUGCACUAACAUGUUGAAAAAAAAAAAAAGAAGUCAUUUCUAUGCUAAAUUAAAGUCAUUCUAUCAAUGUCAAAUGAAGACUGCCUGCAGUUUUAACGUU